AUGAUGAAGGACGACAUUGUCAAGCACGUCCUUGACCUCGACAUCCCAGAAGACCUGGUCAAGAAAACUCUGACCAAAAGACUGGCCGAGACAGGGAUGCAGUUUGAGAGCUCUGAAGCUCUGACCCAGGCCAUAUUACAGGACCACUGCGGGGGUGCCGUCGCCUCUGAAAUCCAGACUGAUUCAAAACCCGGAGCUCAGGCGGAUUCGAACCUGGACCAGGAGAACCAGUUCACGCGACAGCAGCGUCAGUGUAAGAUCUGCAUGGACAGUGAGGCGGUCAUCACGUUCGUGCCGUGUGGUCACCUGACCUGCUGCGGCACGUGCGCUGCUGUCAUCGAUAACUGCCCCAUCUGUCGCAGUCCUAUCGAGAGGCGAAUCAGAACUUUCGUCUCUUGA